AAGUAGUGCAAAGUUAAAUAAAAUGUAUUUUAAAACAGUAUUUACUUUGAUAUUAUAUAUUAUAUUCAUUUCUACAGUUUAUACUUUAGAUUUAUGUGAAAAUCACAAGAGUUGUGACAUAUGCAUUAGAGAUUCAAAUAACUGUGUUUGGUGUGCUGAGGACAACUGGAAAGGUUAUCGUUGCAAAUCUGUUUUCACUGAGGAUUGGUGUCCGAAUAAUAGAAUAAAUCCAACAAGCUCUAUAAUUGUAAUCGAGGAUAAAUCAUUCAGUUCAGAUCUUGGUAAAACUGUACAAAUAAGACCGCAGCAAUACAACGUCGAUUUGAGAAUUGGACAAAAGAUCAAUUUUGAUUUCUCUUACGACGCAGCUAAGAAUUAUCCUGUUGAUAUAUAUUUUUUAAUAGAUGUUUCUAAUUCUAUGUACGAAAUAAAAAGAAGAGUGGCUGAUCAAAGUAAACGGAUAUUCAUGACAUUAAGCAAUCUAACGAACAAUGUUUAUUUAGGUCUAGGUACAUUUGUUGAGAAGAAUGUAUUACCUUUCACAUCAGAAAUCAAUAGUAAUGAAACCGCAUAUUCAUUUAGACAUCAAGUAAAGUUAACUGAAAGCUAUGAUAAUUUUAAAACGGUAUUGUCGAAAACACCUUUGAGAAAAAAUUAUGACGAACCAGAAAGUGCAUUGGACGCGCUCGCUCAAGUGAUGGCGUGCAAAGAAGAAAUCGGUUGGAGGACACAGUCUAGAAAAAUUGUAGUACUAUUAACAGAUGCAUCAUACCACGUGGCUGGAGAUGGCAAAGCUGGUGGCAUUAUAAAGCCAUACGAUGGAAAAUGUUAUACCAAAAAUGGUGUUUAUUUAAACGAAGCAAAAAUGGAUUAUCCAUCUGUAGGUAUUAUAAACAAAUUAGCAAGAGAUGAACAAAUCAUAGUUGUGUUUGCUGUCGAAUCAAAAGUACAGAACCGUUACACUAAGUUAAGUCAUGCUCUACGUCAUUCAUUUAGUACUACAUACGACAGUAGUGAUAUGGAUGAAAUCUUAAAGAAUAUCUAUGAGGAAAUAACACAAAAGAUAAAAUUGGAAGUAAAAUCAGAAUAUAUUAAAAAAUUGGAUAUCACUUUUAAACCAGAUUGUUUCACGUCAGAAGAAAAUGAAUGUAACGUAAAGAAAGGUGAACAAAUCAAUUUUACGGGAACGAUUAAACUUUUAGAUCAAGUACCAUCAAGAAAAUUUACAAUUGAUGUUUUAAUUGGAGGCAUCAAGGAGAAAUUAACACUUAACAUGAAUGUCAUUAACAAAUGUAACUGUCCAACUGUUGAGAAUUCGACAGACUGUAGCUCUUUUGGUAAUCGGAGAUGUGGAAUAUGUGAAUGUUAUCCUGGCAGGUACGGUGGAGAAUGCGAAUGUACAGCGACAAGCACUGGCCGCCGCUCUGACAAUACGACCUGCAUCGCGCCGGGUGACACUAACACCUGCAGCGGCCACGGUUUCUGUCACUGUGGAACCUGCAAUUGCAGAGAUGGGUACAAUGGACGGUUCUGUGAAUGCAAUGUAAACAGUUGCAAAAUGGACGCGAGCGGUGCCCCGUGCAGCGGGCAUGGGCUCUGUGUUUGCGGCGUUUGCACUUGUACCUCAGCCGACUGGAUUGGCUCCGACUGCAGCUGCUACAAGCCAAAUACACCAUGCCUUGUCGACGGCAAAGUGUGCAACAAUCGUGGUAAUUGUGAAUGCGGCUCAUGUACGUGCCAGGCGUUGGAGGUAUGGGAUGCGAGAUGGUACCAGGACAAACGCUGCAGCAUAAUACCCUGUGCCGACUGCCACAACCGACAAUGCGAUUUAUUGAGAAGUUGCGCGCGAUGCCAUCACACCGGUGGAGAAUGUUCACAAUGCCAUAGCAAAAUCAGAAUUAAUGUAACACAUACGCUAAACGAUUACAACAUAAACGAUACUAAUUGGAAUAUUUGCUAUUUUGAUACCAAGAACAUGUGUUACUCCCGUUUUAUGUACAGAUACGACAACAAUGACUACAGCAUUGAAAUUGUAGUGCAGACCGACAGUGAUUGUGCUAAAAGCUAUUAUAUGUAUGGCGGUAUAUUUUUAAUAACUCUCAUCGUGAUCGGCAUUGUCACACUGGUCGCUUGGAAACUGUUAGUGGAUGCAAGAGACAAACAAGAGUAUAUACGCUUUAAGAAACAACAAGAAGAGGAUAUGUCUGAGACAUGUGUAAACCCUAGCUUCAGGCCACCCACGAUGACAUUCAAUAAUCCCGCAUUCAGGAGAGGAUCACUAUUUCGUAAUAAUUAAAUAAAUAAACAGA